GGUAGCCUCGACGCCCAUGUGUGUCGUUUGCUUCGUGAAGGCGCUGGUGCACGUGUUCAAGAUCUACCUGACCGCCAACUACACCUAUAACUUCCGUAGCUGGCCGGUAGACUUCCGCUGGGAUGACGUGCGGGCCGCAGGCGUAGGUGGCAGCGGUCACCGCGCGCUGACGUGCGCGGCGGCUGCGGCCGGCGUAUGGCUGCUGCGGGGCGCGGCGCUGGGCGGGGACGCACCGGGGCGGCCGCCGCGCGGCGCGCGCAGCCAGGCGCAGUGCCUCCUGCAGCAGAUCCGCGAGCUGCCCGGCCAGCUCGCCAGCUACGCGCUGGCCCACUCACUGGGCCGCUGGCUCCUGUACCCCGGCUCCAUGUUCCUGAUGACGCGCGCACUGCUGCCGCUGCUGCAGCAGGGCCAAGAGCGCCUCGUGGAGCGCUACCGCGGCCGGCGUGCCAAGCUGGUGGCCUGUGACGGCAACGAGAUCGACACCAUGUUCAUGGAUCGCCGCCAACACCCGGGCAGCCACGGCCAUGGCCUGCGCCUCGUCAUCUGCUGCGAAGGCAACGCCGGCUUCUACGAGAUGGGUUGCCUGUCUGCGCCGCUGGAGGCCGGCUACUCCGUGCUGGGCUGGAACCACCCGGGCUUCGGGGGCAGCACGGGCGCGCCGUUCCCUCAGCACGAUGCCAACGCCAUGGACGUGGUGAUCAAGUACGCGCUGCACCGCCUGCGCUUCCCACCUGCACAUGUGGUGGUGUAUGGCUGGUCCAUCGGAGGCUUCACGGCCACCUGGGCCACCAUGACAUACCCAGAGCUGGGUGCGCUGGUGCUUGACGCCACCUUCGAUGACCUCGUGCCGCUGGCCCUGAAGGUCAUGCCCCACAGCUGGAAGGGGCUGGUGGUGCGCACCGUGCGCGAGCACUUCAACCUCAAUGUGGCCGAGCAGCUGUGCCGCUACCCUGGGCCGGUGCUGCUGCUCCGACGCACGCAGGACGACGUGGUCAGCACCUCGGGCCACCUGCGCCCCCUGCCGUCCGGCGACGUGGAGGGCAACCGCGGCAACGAGUUGCUCCUGCGCCUGCUGCAGCACCGCUACCCCAGCGUGAUGGUGCGCGAGGGUCUCGCCGUCGUGACCCGCUGGCUGCGCGUCGGCAGCCUGGCACAGGAGGCCGCCUUCUACGCGCGCUACCGCGUGGAUGAUGAAUGGUGCCUGGCUCUGCUGCGCUCCUACCGCGCGCGCUGCGAGGACGAGCAGGAGGACGAGGAGGCCUGGGGGCCCCACGGCCUCCCCUUCCCCUGGCUAGUGGGUCAGGGCCUGAGCCCGCGGAGGCGCCGGCAGCUCGCGCUGUUCCUGGCGCGCAAACACCUCAAGAACGUGGAGGCGACUCAUUGCAGUCCGCUGGAACCAGAGGACUUCCAGUUGCCCUGGAGGCUGUAGCCUGUGCGUGUUCACGCAUUCGUGCACCUUCAGGGCCUC